AACGUAUACAGGGGUAGUAUGCGUCAGUAGGCAUUGUCGGUAUACGUAUUAACUGUGCUUGUUAUGUGUUGCUGAGAAACGUUUCGUUUCGUUUCGUUUCUCAAGGAGAUUAUUUGCACUAAUAAUUGAAAAAUGGAGGACAAAACUGGGAAUAGCUCAGUGGAGAGUGCGGAAAACACCAGUUCAGUGAAGAAGAUAGCGAAGCCGAAGUCUACAAAAUCGCAACGGCCAAAAUCUUCGCACCCACCAACUUCUGAAAUGGUAAACGCUGCUAUUAAGGAACUAAAGGAUCGUAAGGGAUCAUCUCUUCAAGCAAUUAAGAAAUAUAUUGCAUCGACGUACAAGGUUGAUGGAGAGAAAUUGGCACCAUUUAUUAAAAGAUAUUUGAAGUCAGCCGUUACCUCUGGCGCUGUUGUUCAGACAAAAGGUAAAGGUGCUUCUGGAUCAUUUAAACUGUCUACAAUUAAAAGCUCCGAGUCAAAGAAGAUACAUCGAACUGUCAAAGUAUCGAAACUGAAGAAACCCAAGAAAUCCGUAGAGAAGAAAACGUCACCGAUUCGAAAACCUGUGUCGCCAAAGAAGUCGAAUCCCCCAAAGAAGACCGAAGAUGCUAAGAAAUCGACAGCUGUGAAAAAAUCUACGGUCAAAGCAGCUCAGAAAUCUGAGAAAGUUGAAAAAGUUAAAUCUGUAACUGAAUCUAAGGCUAUGUCAAAGAGUAAAAGGACAACUAAAGCACCAGCGGCUAAAACAAAAACCCCAAAACCGAAGAAAGCUACGGCUUCCAGAACGCACCCUUUGGGGCCUUUUGUGUACCAGAUGAAACACGGCUGUCCGUUCCAUUUUACGACGGACAUGAAAAACAUCCAUUGGUCUAUCCGGCAAUGAGCCGUAUCAGUCAAUUCCAAAUCUUCAGCAGCCAAAUAUUCCAUAACUACAGCCAGGUAGACAGGAGCACCAAAUCCCACGCGUUGACGUAAUUACCUUUCCUCAGAAGUCUAUGGAUACGACUAACAAGAAAUUGGAGUCCCGC